GCUGGCUCAUUAGAUUAGUUGUGUAAAUUUGGAAAAUAAAUUUUAAAUAUAAUUUUUAGAACUUGUUGAUUUUAUAAAAAGUUUAAUAUUACAUUAAGGAUUAAAUUAUCAAAGUGAAAACCAAUUUUUUUUAUAUAUAAAAAUGAUAAAAAUUAAAAUUGUUUACUUGGGAUUAAAAUUGUUUAUUUUAAUUUUAUCGGGAUCAAUUAUACUUCAAUUAAAUGCUCAACCAAAUGAAACAGAUGUCGAUAAUAGUAAUGAUCAUUUGGCCUUUGAAGAACAAAUUGAAAUGGAAUGUGAACAACAAUUUAAUGUUACAUCGGAUGAAUUGAAAUCAAUAGAAAAAAUAAGUUUAACAAAUGAAGCUAAAUGUUUUGUUAAAUGUUUACUUGAAAAGACUGGAACACUUAAAGAUGGAAAAAUUAUAGAUAUUGCAAUGGUCAAAGAUAUGGAAAAUGAUUGUGAAGCACCAUUGGUAUUUGAUAAACAUAAAGCAGAACUUUUAGUUGGAAAAUGUAAGAAAGCUAAAGGAAUUGAUGAUUGUGAUUUUGCUUUAAAUUAUAUGAUUUGUGUAUUAAAAGAUUUUGGUAAUUCUGAUGGUUAUUGUACAAUAAAGAAUUAA